GCCUCUCGAGUCAGUAGAGGACAGAGUUUCCAAGUGUGCAGCUUGUUUGACUUUUUUUUCUUCUUCAGCGGAAGACCCUUAAAAAACCCAGUGACUUUAUUUUUGGUUGGAAAAAACAAAGGUUCUGUUUUGUGGUGUACAUCCCCCACCCCCGAAAUGGUAAUUAAACGUUGAAUCAUGUGGCUAGUCUAGAGAGAACACAGCAGCAUGGAUUGAUAAAUUCCACAGCAUGCUUUCCACUAUUUAAAAGGAACACAGACUGAAUGGUGAGAGAGGGAAGGUGAUGUGUAUCUGGAUGGAGCAUUUUUCACCUCUCUAGAGCCCCUGUCUGAAUACAGCACGGACUGGUUGCCAUGAGUAGAGUGCUGAUUCUCCUCGCCCUCAGUUUUAAAUCAGGAAUAACUCCCACUGCUAUGAGAAAAGAAUUGGGCCCAGAAAAUUACCAUCUGACAGGUGUUUGGUGGCCUGUGUGAAAAGAAUAGUGGUUUCCUAGAGAAUAAGUGUCUAUAUCAGAGACAUCAAUCAAGUGGUCGUGGAGACAGGAUUCCCCUACAGGCCCUGGAGUUGGUGAGUCUGGAUUGGGGUGAGGCACAGUAUCUGGGAGACAGUGGGAUGGAGAAAACUUUCAUUGCAGCUGCCUCUGUAGAGAACCAGAAGAACUCCGCUUCCAGCUCUAUCAAAGUUUAGCAGCAAAAGAGAAAGGAGACAGAACAGCAUGGGGCAGGGGUGGGACGGGGCAGGGUAGGGGGUUGGAGCAUGGAAUUGUGGGACUGGGUGACUGGUGAAAGUCCUACCUGUGGCUUUAUCCUGUUUCAGUAUUUCUGGUGUGAGUGUGGCACAGGCAUCAAUCUAAUUAUUAAAAAAGGAGAAGUUGUUCCAAUUGCAGCAGCAUGCAGAUGUCAGCUGAAAACCCAAGAGGCCAUUUAUGGUUUGUGGGACUAAUGGCUGCUGCAUUGUUGUUUAACCCCCAGCCAUGUGCUCAGGGCUGUACAAGAGUCUCAGACACUGCCAGUUCCUGCCCUGUAGUGCUUACAGACUAAAAGGCACACAGGGAAAAUAGCAGUUGGGAGGGCAGGAACGCUUCACAUCCAUGACCCGGCUGUACUACAGAGAGGCAUCGGCCUGCAUUAUCAUGUUUGAUGUCACUAACUUCAGCACGUUCAGCAACAGCCAGAGGUGGAAGCAUGAUUUGGACAGCAAGCUCACGCUGCCAGGUGGAAGCCCGGUGCCCUGCUUGCUGCUGGCUAAUAAGUGUGACCUUUCGCCAUGGGCAGUGACCAGGGAAGAGAUUGAUCGGUUCAGCAAAGAGAACGGUUUCUCUGGCUGGACUGAAACAUCUGUCAAGGAAAACAAGAAUAUUAAUGAGUCUAUGAGAGUCCUUAUUGAAAAGAUGAUGGCAUCGUCCACGGGUGAUGGAGACCUCUCUGUUUCUGGCCGCGGGGAUUAUAUUAACAUAAAAGAUGCUUCCCCACCUGGCUGGGGAUGCUGUUAGCUUUGCUCACUUCUCCGUCUGCAUCAGAGCAAAAGGGAAUGUCUUUUUUCACUGAUAAUUGGCUUUAUUAAGUGAUGAAGAAUUGUCUCCUGUUCAGCACACACUGACUCUCAGUAAAGCAUUGCUGUCAAUGAUUGUGGGAGAAUUCCUCUUUAUUCCAACAUCGUGGCCACCUAAAGCUAUCUGCUGCUUGUAUCGUCUUGUUAACCCAAACCAUGCAGCCGAACACUUCUGAAGUAAGAGUACUCCACUUACUUCUGAAACAAGUGACUGGACUUGAGGGGGAACGGUAAUAUUUCAAUAUAUACCACUAACUCCCAGCUAUACACAGAGGGAUUGUUCCAGAAGGGACAGUUACAAUGAUCUUCUGUUCUGAAAGUGAAGAUCUAGCGAUUUGCGCGUGUCUCCUGAUUCCUAACAUGGUGUUACAGUAACUCCUCAUUAUUUCACACUCUGGAUCUGCGUAUGACUAAUGUAUCUGUUGUUGAAAUGCCUAGAACUCUUUGUCAGUUGUGGCAAUCACCUUGGGCUGAAAGAAGACACUUACGGGUAGCCACAAUACCUACUAGCAACCACUGUGGUGUCGCCUGAUGUGCAAAGUGGAUUGGUGUGAAUUUGGGAGAUUCUAUAGCACAGCUUUCAUGUGUGUACAUUGACUGCAGUGCUUAAUUUGUCCCUGUCUUCUGCUCUGUCUCAAGAAUUGUCCAAUUGCCUUUUGCCAGUUAUCCCUCUGCCCCAUACAUUUAACUCUUCUGAUGCCACUUUAUUAGGGCCUCCAGCAGUGAAUGAGAAAAAGGUUGUAAACCCUCUUGUGUUGUAGAACAGUACUCUUUGCUUUUAUAGCACCUUCCAUUCUGUGAUCUCAAAUAGCUUUACAAAUGCUGAUGAAUUACUUCCUUGCAACCAUUCUGCAGCGGUGAGUUAAAGUCUUUGGUGGAAGUCGUGGUGUGCUCACUGAAAGCCCAACUGCUGCUUUUAGUGAUCCUAGGAAAAGCAAAGAAAGGGACUUAACUGGUCAGAAGGAAAUAAUGGAGAAAACUCCUCUUUGCCCUUUUGAUGCCUGUUAUUCUCCCUGCAUAUUCUACAUGUGAUCAUGGGUGCUGACUGACUUUUGGGCAAAAACGUUCAGAUGUUUUCAUAAAAGCACGUUUGGCAGUUUCCAAAGGAGUUAAUAUAGAUCUCA